GGGGCACCACUGAUAUGGGGCAGGCAGCUGUGCUCUGCUGCCCCGUGAUAGGAGCACAGUGGGGCUGCAGGGCCCUGCUGGACAUCACCAGGAUGCCCCCGGCUGGCAGCUCCUGGGAAGUGGCAGCCCUAGCAGCACUGGAAGGGCUUGCUACUUGUCUGCAGCAGGGCUGGCUGGGCAGUGGAGGCAGAGGCUCUGCAGGUUGGCCCUGGGCACAGCCCCUCCAGAGCCCACCUGAGAGGCGGCAGGGCCCUAUCACCUUCAGCCCUGGCAGGUCUGCAGUGCUCAUGAUGUGAAGUUUUAGUUUUUUAAAUUUUCAUUGGCCCUCCUCCAAAUCCACCUUGAAGUUCAGCAGCUAAAGUGCUGUGAUACAUUGCCCUGGCUGGAAGUGGCUGGGGCCGCCCUCUAGCCUUGGGCCUACACAGUGCCCAGUGGUGGGGUGCUAGGAGCUGCACUGGCCAGGCAGAGCGGUGUGCGGAGGAAACAGACCCAGGACCACAGCGGUUGACUAGAGAAGGGUCCGACAGCACAGGCAAGUGCUGGGGGCGGGGGGGCAGUUUUCAAAGGCUUUGGAUGUGAAGAGGAGAGGCCAUUCUGGGCCCAGGAAUCUGGGCCUCAGGGGGUGCUGCCCACACCCCCAGGAGUAGGCGGGAGUACUGAGGCAUGGGAAGCACACCCCCCAUCAUGUGGUCACCCGCAGGAGGAGGAGCUCAGGGACAAAUUUAAAGAUGCAGAGAAAGGCUCUAUUCUUCCUGGACCCUCAGCCUAGCCCUGGCCCAGGGAGGCAGGUGGCAGAGGCUCAGAUAUGUCUGGUCCUGACGGGCCUUUUGGGAAGGGGGCAGAGCGUGGCUGAGGACCAGGUUCAUGCACCCUGGGAAUGAGACUCGGUGAGCAGUGGGCACCUAGCCGGGGAGUAUCGGAUCUGUCUGGGCCGUGCUUGGACCAAGGCAGUCCCACCAUGCAGAGGGUGAGUGAUGGCCACUCUAGGGGCCCCUGGAUGGAUGGCGGCAGGUAUGCAAGACACCAGGCCUUCCUUCCAGCACCAUGAGCUGAGUGGGAAUCCUGGAGUGAUGCCAGCUGGAAUUCAGGACUCUGGUGGCCCCUUGUCCCAGAACAGGACCGGUCCCCUGCAGGAGCCCUCAAGGAGGAUCCUGGGCUCCAUCGAUGCCACCCCCUCGGCCACCCUGCCCCUUGGGCUGCCUGCCAACCACACAGAACCAGGGUGCCUGCAUGUGUCCGUCCCCGAUGGGCUCUUCCUUGUCCUGGGGCUGGUCAGCUUGGUGGAGAACGUGCUGGUGGUAGCCGCCAUCGCCAAGAACCGUAACCUGCACUCGCCUAUGUACUGCUUCAUCUGUUGCCUGGCCCUGUCCGACCUGCUGGUGAGCUGCAGCAUUGUGCUGGAGACGGCCAUCAUGCUGCUGCUGGAGGCAGGCACCCUGGUGACGGCGGCCGCCGUGGCGCAGCAGCUGGACAACGUCAUCGACGUGCUCAUCUGUAGCUCCAUGUUGUCCAGCCUGUGCUUUCUGGGUGCCAUCGCCGUGGACCGCUACAUCUCCAUCUUCUACACACUGCGGUAUCACAGCAUUGUGACGCUGUCGCGGUCCCAACGGGCCAUCACAGCCAUCUGGGUGACCAGUGUCCUCUCCAGCACCCUCUUCAUCACCUUCUACAAGCAUACCGCCGUGCUGCUGUGCCUGGUUGCCUUCUUCCUGGCCCUGCUGGUUCUCAUGGCAGUUCUGUACGUGCACAUGCUGACCCGAGCCUGCCAGCAUGCCCAGGGUAUUGCCCAGCUCCACAAGAGGCAGCGCCCAGGCCCUCGAGGGUUCUGCCUCAAGGGUGCUGUCACGCUCACCAUCCUCCUGGGCGUUUUCUUCCUGUGCUGGGGCCCCUUCUUCCUGCACCUCACUCUUGUCAUCCUCUGCCCUCAACACCCCGUGUGCAGCUGCGUCUUCCAGAACUUCAACCUCUUCCUGGUGCUCAUCAUCUGCAACUCCAUCGUGGACCCCCUCAUCUACGCCUUCCGAAGCCCAGAGCUCCGCACAACUCUCAGGGAGCCAGGCGCUCGGGAUGAGUGGUGCGGGGCCGCGGGGGCGCGGGGGGCGGAGCCGUGGCUCGGGGACCGGGACGCUAUUGGCAGCACGCAGCCACCGGGGCGGAGACGUGGCUCUGCGGCGGGGACCCGAUUGGUCAUCCGCAGCCGCCGGGGCGGGGCCGUCGCUAUAAGAGCGCGCUCCCAGGUCCUCGGGUCCUCCGCAGCGUCCGCUCCCGCAGCCAGCAUGAGGGAGAUCGUGCACAUCCAGGCCGGCCAGUGCGGCAACCAGAUCGGGGCCAAGUUCUGGGAGGUCAUCAGUGAUGAGCAUGGCAUAGACCCCAGCGGCAACUACGUGGGGGACUCGGACCUGCAGCUGGAGCGCAUUAGUGUCUACUACAAUGAGGCCUCUUCUCACAAGUAUGUUCCUCGGGCCAUCUUGGUGGACCUGGAGCCCGGGACCAUGGACAGCGUCCGGUCCGGGGCCUUUGGGCAUCUCUUCCGGCCAGAUAAUUUCAUCUUUGGUCAGUCGGGGGCAGGCAACAACUGGGCCAAGGGUCACUACACAGAGGGUGCAGAGCUGGUGGACUCGGUCCUGGACGUCGUGCGGAAGGAGUGUGAGAAUUGCGACUGCCUGCAGGGCUUCCAGCUGACCCACUCACUGGGCGGGGGCACGGGCUCGGGCAUGGGCACCCUGCUCAUCAGCAAGGUGCGUGAGGAGUACCCCGACCGCAUCAUGAACACCUUCAGCGUGGUGCCCUCACCCAAGGUGUCAGACACCGUGGUGGAGCCCUACAACGCCACGCUGUCCAUCCACCAGCUGGUGGAGAACACGGAUGAGACCUACUGCAUCGACAACGAGGCCCUGUACGACAUCUGCUUCCGCACCCUCAAGCUGGCCACGCCCACCUAUGGGGACCUCAACCACCUGGUGUCUGCCACUAUGAGCGGUGUCACCACUUCCCUCCGUUUCCCAGGCCAGCUCAAUGCUGACCUGCGCAAGCUGGCUGUGAACAUGGUGCCCUUCCCGCGCCUGCAUUUCUUCAUGCCUGGCUUCGCCCCACUCACUGCCCGGGGCAGCCAGCAGUACCGUGCCCUGACCGUGCCCGAGCUUACCCAGCAGAUGUUUGAUGCCAAGAACAUGAUGGCCGCCUGUGACCCACGCCACGGCCGUUACCUCACAGUGGCCACGGUCUUCCGGGGCCGCAUGUCCAUGAAGGAGGUGGACGAGCAGAUGCUGGCCAUCCAGAGCAAGAACAGCAGCUACUUCGUGGAGUGGAUCCCCAACAAUGUCAAGGUGGCCGUGUGCGACAUCCCACCGCGCGGCCUCAAGAUGUCUUCCACCUUCAUCGGCAACAGCACGGCCAUCCAGGAGCUGUUCAAGCGCAUCUCGGAGCAGUUCACAGCCAUGUUCCGCCGCAAGGCCUUCCUGCACUGGUACACAGGCGAGGGCAUGGACGAGAUGGAGUUCACUGAGGCUGAGAGCAACAUGAAUGACCUGGUGUCCGAGUACCAGCAGUACCAGGACGCCACUGCUGAGGAGGAGGGCGAGAUGUAUGAAGAUGAUGAGGAGGAAUCUGAGGCCCAGGGCCCCAAGUGAAGCCUCUCACAGCCGAAGUCUGGGGCUGCGUGGCAGCCAGGGCCAAGACAAGCAGCCCCUGCCCCAGAGCUGUCUAGCUACGACACUGUCCCCAGCUUGGCUUCCCACCAGCUUGUCCCAGCGCCCAGGGCUCCCGAGUUAGGGUCCUCAGUAUUUAUGGCCACCCCGCCCAUGAGUCCAUGGCUCUGUCCUCCCCACUUAGGGCACCUCUGUUUCCUGUUGCUCUCGGUCUCUUUGUUUUAUUGUGGCUCCAGGCCUGAUGUUUUAUGGUUUGUUUUUUACUGGUUGUGUUUAUAUAUUUGGGGGGGAAUACUUAAUAAAUCUAUUG